AUGUCUCCUCCAGGUUUGACCGAAGCAGCUGGUGUGUUGCCAGACACUCUGAUUGCAGCUGUCGGAGAUAAAGUGAUGUUCACCACAACACUGCCUCCCACGGUAACACCAUUCACAAUAGUGGAAUGGAAAUUUGGUGAUAAGAACAUAAUAUCUUUCAAUGUUGACAACAUAACUGGACCAGAGUACGAAGGCAGGGUCACCCUCUUCAUGUCUACUGGAUCGCUGGAGCUCAGGGAUCUGACUCCUGAGGACAGUGGAGAAUACAUAGUUACCAUUUUUCCAGCUGGGGAACCAUCGAAGACAGGGAACACAAGACUGGACGUACAAGUGCCAGUUUCCGAUGUCAUGGUAACUGCCAGCAGCACAGACUUGGUGGAGUUCAACAGCUCUGUCCGUCUGUCCUGCUCCUCCUCUGGAUCCUCUCUCUCUUUCCUCUGGCUGAACGGCAGCUCUGAGGUUACAGCCAGUGACAGAGUUCAGCUCACCGAUGGAGGCGCCAAUCUCACUAUAAUUAAUGUGACCCGCUACGACCAGGGACCGUACACAUGUCAGGUGUCCAACCUUGUCAGUACUGGAACAAGUGCUCCAAUAAACCUCUUCAUCAACUAUGGCCCAGAAAAUAUUAUUCUCACAGUAUCUCCGUCAAAGGAAAUCUAUGCGGAAGGGUCAGACAUCACCCUGUCCUGCUCAGUUGACUCCAAACCUGCUGCCCAAUUUAUGUGGCUUCUGAAUGGAGAUCUGCUGUCUGAUACUGGACCAGAGCUCAGACUGAUGGACAUUAAGGAGAGUCAAAGUGGGAACUACAGCUGUCAAGCCUUUAACAGCAAAACCCUGAGAUAUGAAAUGUCUCAGCCUGCAGCCAUCUCUGUACUGGCGCGAGUUGCCAAUGCCAAUGUUGUGGUAACUUCAAACACAACAGACAUGUUGGAGUACAGUACUGUCCGUCUGUCCUGCUCCUCCUCUGGAUCCUUCCUCUCUUUCCUCUGGCUGAACAGCAGCUCUGAGGUCAAAGAAAGUGACAGAGUUAAGCUCAGUGAUGGAGGCUCCACUCUCACUAUAGUCAGUGUGACCCGCUAUGACCAGGGACCAUUCAGGUGCCAGGUGUUUAAUCCUGUUAGCAAUGACACCAGUGGUCCAGUAAACCUCUCCAUCAACUUGCGUGUUGCCAAUGUUGUGGUAACUUCAAACACAACAGACAUGUUGGAGUACAGUACUGUCCGUCUGUCCUGCUCCUCCUCUGGAUCCUCUCCCUCUUUCCUCUGGCUGAACAGCAGCUCUGAGGUUACAGCCAGUGACAGAGUUCAGCUCACCGAUGGAGGCGCCAAUCUCACUAUAAUUAAUGUGACCCGCUACGACCAGGGACCGUUCAAAUGUCAGGUGUCCAACCCUGUCAGUACUGGAACAAGCGCUCCAAUAAACCUCUUCAUCAACUAUGGCCCUGAAAAUAUUAUUCUCACAAUAUCUCCGUCAAAGGAAAACUAUGCGGAAGGGUCAGACAUCACCCUGUCCUGCUCAGCUGUCUCAAGACCUGCUGCCCUGUUCCAGUGGUUUCUGAAUGGAGAUCUGCUGUCUGAUACUGGACCAGAGCUCAGACUGAUGAACAUUCAGAUGAGUCAGAGAGAACAACCACCAUCAACAUGUUCGGCUGGUUGCAUCGCUGGAAUAGUAAUCGCGGUUUUAGUCCUCCUCUUUGUAACAGCUGGCGGAGUGUACCACAUUUAUAACAUGAAAAAAAAGAAAGAGAAACUCUCUAAUAUAAACACUGCCACUGGAACAGGAGCUGAAGGCCAGGACAACAAAGCAUACGCAGGACGACAGGAGUUGAAUUAUGCAGAUAUCACUAUUUUCCAGAAAAGAGAUGGUGGGACAGUGCAGCUGGGGGUACAGGGUAGCACAUCAGAUUAUUCCCAGAUCAGAGUGAACAACAAUCCUUCUGCAGCAUCCUCCCCUCCCACCUAUGAUGCCCACCUGCAGCGACAGAAGAAGCCAGCUCCUCAGCCUGACUCUGAUGGUGCACAAGUUUACGCUAAAGUUCGCAAGAACUGACCGCAUUGGAUAUGAAGGAUCAUCUGUUGAGGUUAGACUGGAGGUUAGACUGGAGGCCAGACGCCGCUGACAUGUGGUCGGUGAAACCAGCACUUCCCUGUCAGCUCCUUUUUAUAGAGGACUAAUUUUGACCUGUGUUUACUGAGUCAAAGCCAUUUAGCAGUGGUUAAUAAUCCACCAGGUUGUGACAGUUGUUGCCAUGACUAAAGUCAGACGGCACAAUGUUGGCCUAUAAACUUCACCACAUCAUAGGUUUCUUUGUUUUAAUGUAUACAAUCGAUGCAAAGUGCACACAUCUGAGGCUUAAGCAUAAUGUUUGACACUGGUGUGGUGUCAUGUUUGACUCCACAUGUGUACUGUGUGAUUCCAGUGAAGAUUACAGUUUAUGAGUAAUAUAUUUUUUUGCAUAUUUAAUUUGCAUUUUACGAAAACCACACAUAUGGGUUAUUUAACAAUAUCUAAUUGACCUUUCAUUGGAAUUUGUCAGGGUAUGGACACGCCCUGAGCUUGUAAAUUAGUCAGUUUAAUAGUUAACUAUAAUGACGGUGCCAUGGUGGAAAGAUUUAUGCUAUCUGCUGGUCUAAAGGAACAAUUGAAAGAUUAAUAGAGACAUAAAUCUUUGUAAUUUAAUUCCAUAGUAAAAAAAAAAAAAACUUUGUUAAUUUACAAAUGCUGGAAUGAAAAAGUAUGCAAUAGGUUUCUCUCCAGUUGGCACAAGGAAACUGCACAAGGAAAUAUCUCACUCUUUUCCUGCAAGUGAUCAUCAGAGUAAUUCAGAUCAUGUUUACGGUACAUGUCAGUAAAUGUUGCUAUGUGAUAAAAUUAUAUGGGGCUUUAUCUCUUAGCAUAUCUCCCUGAAAGGGCUCAAGCCAACAGAGAAGUAAUUCAAAGAAGUGAUAUGAUGCAAGUAGAAAAGAGAAGUAAGUUUAAAUUUCUGCAUACACUUGUGGUGUGACUUCUCAAUCCUGUACCUAAACUUACUCUUAUGAAGUAAUGUGUUACAAGUUGAUGAUGUUUGCACAUAGGGUUUCAUUUGUUAAAAUAUAAGUAAAUCCAAACCCUUUGACAAUGCUACACUAUCAGAGCAGUGAGACUGGGGUCAAACAGCUAAAUAAGGAGCUGUUACUCACUGUAAAGCUCUGUAAAGCCGAUGGGAGCUGCAUAUAUUCGGGUGACCGUUCUCUGUAGGUUCAUCACGAGCAACCCCUUUUCACAUUUUUAUUUAAUAGAUUUAGGAUAAAAAAAUUGUGAUUAUAAUUGCAUGGUAAGAUAAGCUGUGUCUGUUCUCCUAACAAAUGCAUGAAAUUACAAAUAUGGCAAGUGACAAGUGUCCUUCUCAGAUGUAAAUGUGUUUUUAAAGAGCGAGGCUUCAGACGAAGGCAGGAGUUCAGAUGAAAUGUCUUCAGCCCAGCUCCACAUUAACCGCCAGAUCAAUGCCAUCAGACAGUAUAUAUACACAGGUUCUGUUUUAUUUUCACCCUUUUUUUAGAUGAAGAGAAUGAAGUCUCCCAACCCGAGCUAAUGAGUGAACGAGCGUUUGGCAGAUUUCCCCUCCCCCAUUAGUUACUCAUUAGGAAAGCUCAAACUCUCUGUGAGCUACACUAAUGUUUGGUUUCACCUGCAUUGUAAGGAAGCAUUGUUUUGCAAACUAAGCGUUCCAACACUUUAAUCACUUUGGAAUCCCCCAAUUAUUUAUUUUUUUACCUUGAAAGUCAAUCAAAUUACCCAGAAAUAAUGAUAAAAUUGGGGUAUUUUAAUGUUUUUUUUAAGGAGAUAAUUGAUGGACAAAUUAAUGUAUUGAAAUAUACAAUGGUAUAUUUAAUGGAUUAUAUGCACUGUUUAACAGGUAAAAAAAAAUGUUGAAGCUGACCAAAGACCAUGAAAAUAACCUGUUAAUUUACAACUUAAAAGGCUGCAGUUUUUGAAUUAAUUGGUUGUUUUCAUGGCUCUUAGUCAGUUUUUAGACUCUCUCUGUUAACUUUGCAUAUAAUCCCUCAAAAAUCGUGUGCCAUUUAAGUGCUUUUAGAAUCCAAGUGUUUCAUUGUUUUGGGUUUUGACUUUUCAAAUGAAUGGACUACCAUACUAAACACCUUAACCUAAAUUUAAUAUUUGGCAUGUUUUCAGGGGUGAAUUAAGGAGUAAUUCUAAUUCUUGUUUCAUAGUGAAUUGUGUUGUGUCAUGAUUUGUCUUGCAUUCCUCUGUCCACUCUUUUAUUAUUGUUAUUAUUUAAUGCUACACCAAACUGAACAUGUGAUUAAUGUUUGACCAAAGAUAGAAUGCAGUGAAUUUAACUCAAGUUGUAUUUGUAAUAAUUUGAUUGCUCAUUCAGAUGAUUAAACUAUUUCAUUUUUGACAUUUGUAAAGCA